AAGAGAAAAACAAAUGGAGCAAAUUCAUCACAACUUCGUCACUGUUCGAGGUCUAAAAUUUCACGUUGCAGAGCUCGGGAAUGGUUCUAACGUGGUGCUCUUCUUACAUGGGUUCCCUGAGAUAUGGUAUUCAUGGCGACAUCAGAUGAUAGCUCUCGCCGAUGCCGGAUUCCGGACCCUUGCACCCGAUUAUAGAGGCUACGGACUAUCCGACAUACCACCCGAACCUGAGAAGACAACCUAUGCCGACAUCAUCGCCGACCUUGUUGCUAUCUUAGAUCACCUCGGAGUUACUAAGGUUUUCCUUGUUGCUAAGGAUUUUGGAGCCAGGCCUGCGUAUCUGCUAACUCUCCUUCACCCCGAUAGAGUGUCAGGUGUUAUAACAUUGGGUGUUCCACAUGUUCCUUUGGAACCUCGGAAGUACGGGAAGUCUCUCCCAGAAGGCUUCUACAUAUCAAGAUGGAGGGAACCUGGGCGAGCGGAAGCCGACUUCGGACGGUUCGAUGCUAAAACUGUCGUAAGGAACAUCUACAUACUGUUCUCCAGAAGUGAAAUACCAAUAGCAGCUGAGAACCAGGAGGUCAUGGAUUUGGUGGAUGCUUCUGUUCCUCUUCCGCCUUGGUUCUCCGAGGAAGAUCUCGCAACAUACGGAGCUUUAUACGAGAAAUCCGGAUUCAAGACUGCAUUGCAAGUUCCGUAUAGGUCAAUGGAUGAAGACUUUGGCAUAGCAGAUCCAGUAGUUAAAGUUCCGGCAUUACUGAUAAUGGGGUGCAAAGAUUAUGUCUUUAAAUUUCCUGGGAUGGAAGAAUACAUAAAGUUUGGGAAGGCAAAAGAACUGGUGCCUAAUUUGGAUAUAAUAUAUUUGCCUGAAGGAACCCACUUUGUCCAGGAGCAGUCACCGGAACUGGUUAACGACUUGAUUCUCGACUUCCUCAAGAGCCACAUGUGACGGUGCGGUCAUCGGCAAACAAUGUCCGAGAUAUCGGUGACGCUUGUAUGAAUCUUGAUAUACUGCAUGAAUAUGAAACACAGUUACUGUAUGCUUUAAUAUAACUUUAAGUUCGCACCCCAGAUAUAAGUUUAUGCCUCCAUGAUAACACA